AUGUCAGACCCGAACUUUCCUGUCGCGCUCGACAUUCGACCCUCUGUGCCCUCCAACGACGACUCUAAUCCCAGAGACUUUGAUCUUACAUUUCAAGAAGAUGCUAUACGUGAUUUCGGCAUUGCUGGGAGGGUCUGGGAGGCAGCCUAUGUGCUAAACACCUAUAUAAAGCCGCCUCGCAAUCUGGUUUUUGACCCUCCCUUUACUCCUUUUGAUGGCCCCAAUCGUAUUGUCGAACUUGGCUCUGGAACCGGAAUGAACGCGGCCAUGGUCGCUGGCUUACUUGAUCCCAGUCGCGACAUCUUGUUUGCCACAGAUCUACCAGAAGUUUGUCCCUUACUCGAGCGCAAUCUCCGAUCUCACAAAUCUAUCCAUAUCCAACCCUUGGCCUGGGGAAACUCCCAACAUGCCAUAAACCUACAAAGCAAGCUCAACAAUGAGCCUCUGACGCACAUAUUGUGCAGUGAUCUUGUGUACUUCCCUCAACUCCUCGCGCCACUCUUGCGCUCACUCAUCCACCUCACUUCUUCCACUUUCGGCGACCCACAACUCAUUUUGUCGUAUCGGAUUCGGAGUCUGGCGAAGGAAACACCUUUCUGGGCUGCCUUCGGUCUCUGGUUUGACUUCACUCCCGUCCUGGUCCAAACCCACACGGACACUCCCUGGGAACGUUUCGGGGCAGAGCUUCCCGACCCAACAUUUGUCUUCGUUGCUCAUCGUCGUCAAGAAUCUCGUGACUGGACGGUUCCGUUGUCUGACACGGACUUGAUGUCGGGACUCCUCGCAGCAAACUCUUUGCCUAAAACUGAUGAUACAUUCGAAACACUCUUGUUCAUGUCUCUCGAUGAGCUUACAUACUAA